AUGACCACCGAAAAACCAAUUAUCAUCGUUGAACCCGUGCUUGAACCAGCGACCGCCGAAUCUCUGGUAUUGGAGAAAGUGAAGGAACCAAAGGCUGAAUCUGAGAAGACAAAGAAAACCAAAGAAUCCAAGCCUAAGAAAGCUUUGAAACCACGAAACCAUGCUUCACAUCCUACUUAUGAAGAGAUGAUUAAAGAUGCUAUUGUAUCGUUGAAGGAGAAGAAUGGAUCAAACCAAUAUGCUAUAGAAAAAUUCAUAGAAGAGAAACACAAACAGCUUCCUGGAAACUUCAAGAAGCUAUUGCUUCAAAACAAGAAGAAUGUUGCUUCUGGAAAGCUUGCUAAGGUUAAAGCUUCAUUCAAGCUUUCUACAGCGGCUAAGAAGCUAAGCAAGUAG